AUUAGUUUACGUGGCAGCUCAAAAACACUUUGUUGCCACCUAUACAUCAUGCACUGUCUUCAAAACUUCAACACUACAAGUUUCCUUUCAUUUCACAGGUACUUCUUCUCUGUCUCCUGCAUUUCUCUGUUUCCACACUCUGAUACUGUGAUGAAUUGCUUCCACCAAACAAUGUUAUGGAAGUUUUGAACAUGUAAUUAUUGAGGAAGAUUGCACAACUUACUGAAUAAUGGAACUAAUUUCUGAGCUUUUGACUAGUGUAAUACUCUUGGUGACAAGGGUUUUCACUAUAAUUAAGCUGGUAUGUUUGUUGCCUAUUAGGACUGGGUUAAUUGUGAUUAACACUUGGACAGAGUUGUUUAGGAAUGCAAUAAUCUUCAAUGUGAAUAUAGUAUUGAGAUUUAUCUCAUGGAUGUUUGGGCUUUUCUUCUUACCUGCAAGAUUUGUGAGUUCCAUUGAAAGGGAGAGGCAGCUGGAACGACAACUGCAUCGAAUGCAGACUGAGAUGGAGAGUCUCGAGUGGAAUCAGAAGAAACUUCAAGAACGGUUCCAAAUGACGGUCAAAGAAUGCAAAAUGAUGGAGAUGUUACUGGCUGAGCUUGAGGAGGAGCAUGAUUUGACCAUUGCCAAAAUUGAAGACUUAGAGGGAAAGUUGAGGGAUCAAAUAAAUGAAAAUCGUCGACUCAAAGAAAUUCAAGGAAAACGAUACUGGAACUCGAAAAAUCAAGACAUCAACAACAGCCAAAAGGUUAAUGCUAGCAUUCCUCCUCCUACACGAAAAUCCAGUUAUAGCGAACCUGAAGUUUCCCUUCAGGAACUUCUCACACGCAAAGAUAUCUGGAAAGACGACAGCAAAGCUAGAACCGAACUGCUGAAACUCCUGAAAACAGGCCAAAAAUCUGCGCCUACUAAACCAGAACCGGUCUCAAAGGAUGCAGUAGUAGAAGUGAGUGAAGUACUUGAUCAUCGUCGAGCAGUUGCUAUUUCACGAUCGAUUUUCAGUGCGAUCUUAUCACUUAUUGUAGGAGUGACUGUUUGGGAAGCUGAUGAUCCUUGCAUGCCUCUUGUUGUAGCUCUCUUUGCUGUAGUAGGCAUGUCCUUGAAGAGUGUGGUGCAGUUUUUCUUCAGUAUUAGAAAUAAACCUGCUUCUGAUGCUGUUGCUCUUUUAAGCUUCAAUUGGUUCAUUCUUGGUACUUUAACUUACCCUACACUACCAAGGGUUGCACCUAUGUUGGUUCCACUGGUGUUGCGAUUUGUAGACCAAGCCAUAAUCCGGUUUGGCCUCUUAUCCUUAGUUUGAGAUUGUUUUUUUCUUCUGGUCUAUGUUUUAUUAUGUGCAGUAUAAUGUGAAUUAUGAGUCUCUUUUAUUUUUGGUGUAAAAGUGUAUUAUUCAUACUGCAUGUAAAAUAUGAGGAGUAUGUGUAAUUUACUUGUCUUCUCUUUUUUCAAGCUUCCAGCAAGUAAACAUGGAAACAGCAAGAGAUGGUUAAUAUGUUUUUCUGUUCA